AUGAUUUUUAUUUAUGGUGUGUUUAUUUUAAUUCCUAUAUGCAUAUUAUUAUAUUUUUAUGCACGAGUGAAAAUUAUCACCUCCGAUGAUAGAAAUUUUAUCAGUUUCCAGCGCAGCUAUCUUAUCAUAUAUUUGUUAGCAGUUGCUGGAGAUUGGCUGCAAGGUCCACACAUAUACGCUUUAUAUGAUUCAUAUGGUAUAGAUAAACACAACAUAGAACUGCUUUUUAUUGCUGGAUUUGGCUCAAGCCUUUUAUUUGGAACAUUUGUUGCUUCUAUAGCUGAUAAAUUUGGUCGGAAGACAAAUUGUUUUAUAUAUGGAUUAUUUUAUGGUGCAUCAUGUAUAACCAAACAUUUUGCAAAUUUCUGGAUCCUGUUAUCUGGCCGCAUAUUUGGUGGUAUAGCAACAUCAAUCCUUUAUAGCGCUUUUGAAUCUUGGCUUGUUUUUGAACAUAACAAGCGUGGAUUCAAUGAUGACCUAUUGUCAACUAUAUUUUCACAUGCCACACUUGGCAAUUCACUGGUAGCCAUUGUAUCUGGUAUUGUAGCCCAAUAUGCAGCCGAUUCAUUUGGUUUUGUAGCUCCGUUUGAUAUCGCCAUAAUAAUUUUAUCGAUAAUGUGCGUUAUACUCGCAUUUACUUGGCCAGAAAAUUAUGGUGAUAAGCGAGUAUCAAUAGGAAAACAUUUUUUUAAUGCAUUAGAAGCGAUUAAACGUGAUGGAAAAGUGAUAUGUUUGGGAUUAAUUCAAAGCCUUUUCGAAGGAUCGAUGUAUGUAUUUGUACUCGAAUGGACCCCUGCGUUGCAACAUGCUAGUAGUGACGUUAUUCCACACGGUUAUAUAUUCACGUCAUUCAUGCUUGCAAUUAUGAUGGGUUCCUCGUUAUUCAAGAUGUUAAAUCAAAAAUUUCGCCCGGAAUCAUUUAUGAGAUUUGUAUUAUUAUUAUCAGCGCUCUGCCUUUCUGUACCAAUCAUUUUCACCGAAAGUCUCCUUUUGAUUUAUAUCGCAUUCAUCAUUUUUGAAAUAUGCGUUGGUAUGUUCUGGCCAGCAAUGGGCUUUAUGCGUGGAAUAUAUAUUCCUGAACAAACGAGGUCAACAAUAAUGACAUUUUGUCGAAUACCACUUAACGCGAUCGUUAUUACAAUUUUAUGGCAAAAUCUUCCAAUGCACACCAUUUUUCAAUUUUGCGUUUCAUUUUUAAUACUAGCAACUAUUAUUCAGUUCUGCCUUCACAGGUUUCGUUUUAUUUCCUAA